GGAGAGUUUCCCUAACAAAACCGGAAAUACGGUACAACGUCCAUCAAACGUUUAGAGAGCCCCAGUCGUGCUUUUAUUACGGAAGGUUGUACCGGAAUCUCUUCGGUUUUGGUGGUUGCCUUAACGCAGGUCAGAAGCCCAACGUGGAGGAGAGGAUGUGGGUAUGCUGACAUCUGCAAGCCAGAGGUUUAACUGGAAGACGACCGCAGACAGGCGGACAAACAACGGCCAUAGCAACCUCGAAGAAAGUCCGAGACAUGUAACUUUCUCUGAAGAGGCUUGUGUCCCGUAGGGCACCCCGAGGCUCAGGCUGUCACGGUGCCUCCCUGGGGCUUUCCAUCAUGAGGGGGCGUUGCUCUCGAAAACUAGGUGUGCUGGCCAAGGCUGGCUUCCUGAUCUGGGUACUGUGGCUGGGCUACCUUUUGUUAGAACGCUCCUCUUUCCCUUCCGCUUCCUCUGGUGAGGAGGAGGAUGAAGAGCAUGAUCUUCAGGCGAGACAGCUCUCCAUAGACGAGAGCGGGGCUAAUGGGCAGCUUGCUAGGCCUCUCUACAUUAAGCCACCACCAGACAACAAUGCGCCGGGGGAGUGGGGUCGGGCCACACACCUUACCCUGAGUCCUGAAGAAAAGAAACAGGAGCAGGACUCUGUGGAGCGCUACGCUAUCAAUAUCUAUGUCAGUGACAAAAUUUCCCUCCAUCGGCAUAUCCAGGACCACAGGAUGAAUGAAUGCCGAAGUAAGAAGUUUGACUACAGGCGUUUACCCACCACUUCUGUGAUCAUAGCCUUCUACAACGAGGCCUGGUCCACCCUGCUGAGGACUAUUCACAGUGUGCUGGAGACUACGCCUGCCAUCCUGUUGAAAGAGAUCAUUCUCAUCGAUGACUACAGUGACCGAGGCUACCUGAAAUCCCAACUAGCUGACUACAUCAGUAAUCUGGAACGUGUGCGGCUCAUCCGGACCAACAAAAGAGAAGGGCUGGUCCGGGCACGUCUCAUUGGCGCCACCUAUGCUACGGGUGACGUGCUGACAUUUCUUGACUGCCACUGUGAGUGCGUCCCUGGCUGGAUUGAGCCUCUGCUGGAAAGGAUUGGUGAGAAUGCCAGUACCAUUGUGUGCCCUGUGAUCGACACCAUUGACUGGAACACUUUUGAGUUUUACAUGCAAACAGAUGAGCCAAUGAUAGGAGGAUUUGACUGGAGACUCACCUUUCAGUGGCACUCAGUCCCUGAAGUGGAACGCAAGAGGCGCAAGUCUCGCCAUGACCCCAUCAGAUCUCCUACAAUGGCAGGUGGAUUAUUUGCUGUGAGCAAGGCCUACUUUGAGUACCUGGGCACAUAUGAUAUGGGUAUGGAGGUGUGGGGAGGAGAAAACCUGGAGCUCUCCUUCAGGGUAUGGCAGUGUGGGGGCAGCCUGGAGAUUCACCCCUGCUCUCAUGUGGGCCAUGUGUUCCCUAAAAAGGCCCCUUAUGCUCGACCCAACUUCCUCCAGAAUACUGUACGAGCUGCAGAGGUUUGGAUGGACUCAUAUAAACAACACUUCUACAACAGGAAUCCUCCAGCCAGAAAGGAAACCUAUGGGGAUAUCUCAGAGCGGCUGCUGCUGAGGGAGAGGCUAAAGUGCAACAGUUUUGACUGGUACCUGAAGAACAUCUACCCUGACCUACAUGUACCUGAGGACAGGUCGGGCUGGCAUGGUGCUGUGCGUAGCUCAGGGAUACAUUCAGAGUGUCUGGAUUACAACGCUCCGGAGCACAGUCCUACAGGUGCCCACCUCUCUCUGUUUGGCUGCCAUGGCCAGGGAGGCAACCAGUACUUUGAAUACACAUCACAGAGGGAGAUCCGUUUCAACUCUGUGACAGAGCUGUGUGCUGAAGUGCUCGAGGGUCAGACCUCCAUCGGGAUGAGGCACUGUCCUCGUGAUGGGGAGCUCAAGUCUCCCAGUAUCAUCUGGGAGUUCAGAAAGGACGGGACCAUCUACCACCCUCAUGCAGACAUGUGUGUGACAGCCUACCGCACACCAGAGGGCCGCACAGACACCCAGAUGAGGCGGUGCAAUCCAGGAGACAAAACCCAGCAGUGGAAGUUUGAGUGGUAAGAGGAGGAAGAGAAAAAGUAGCAGGAAACCUCAAGUGACCUUCUUUGACCAUAGUGCAAUUACUACAGUGGAUGUCUUCUCCGCUACUCCCAAUUCUCUGGCUCUCUCCAAGUCUGCACUCCAUUUGAAUGGGAAUGAUGAGCAAAUAAAAGGCGGUGAAAAGUCACUUUAAGCCAAUGAUUCACCCAUUUCAGUGCUUUUAUGCCCAUGAGAAUGACUGCGUACGUGCAGAUGGUGCUGGAGUGAAUGAGAAUUUGAAGAUGAGGUUUAUCGGGUCUUUUUAAGGAGACCAGCUGAACUUGAGACUUUUACUUUCGUGUUGCUUUCAUCCAAGUGCCUCUGCAACCAAAACAGAGUCCACACCUUAACUGUCAUUGUUGCCAUUGUUCUUGCAACAACAUGAGAGCAGUGAAACUGGUUUGACUCUCCAGCACAUGAAGAAGUGCCUUUCAAAUAGAUUAAAGACAAAGCAUUUCCUUGAAGACUAGAUGCAAAAAUCAUGCUGCACUACCGAAUAUUACCUUAAUGUGAAAUUAAUAUUAAUUAUUAUUGUUCAUUGUAUCAAUCAUCAUGCUUAUUUCGUUAGUUGUUGAAAAAAAUAACCAAUUUAAAGAUGGGCUGCUCAAAGAAGACAUGCCAGGAAUUUAAGGUCAGCAGCAUUAAGCCCCAAACCAGCUAUAUCCUAACAUGCUCCAUCAUGUGAGAGGGGAACAGGGAGAGAGCACUGUGGUCAUACAGAACUGCCCGUCAAUUCUAUCUCUUGCCUGUGGAGCCAGUUUCAUGGUAGAAUGCUGCCUGAACAAGACUUGAAGCAAAAGCAUGCACUAAGUGCAAUUUGCCCCAGAGGGCUUAGUGAGUUGACAGGAAUGUUGUCAUCUAUUCUUCCCUGUAUUGUAAAAUUAAGAAUGCCCUUUAAACUCCUACGUCAAUGUGCCUUUGAAAGGUUGUCAUCCUAAGAAGAACACGUUUGUGCCGAAAUGAAAUGUGCCAGUGGAUGUCAAAUGUAUUUAGAACAUUUUAAAUGUGGAUAUCUAAAAUAACACUGGCUUGAUGCACUUGAUUUUAUUUAGUCACAAAAAGCCUUAAAGGGAGCGCCUGUUUAAUUUAAUCUUUCAACUUGGCUGUGCCAGAAUGUUUUGUCAAGACUCCUGUGUGUAAACUGUACUUGAAACGGCAUCAAAAACACUCCUGUUUUGUUUUUUUUUUCCACUGAAGAUCCCGUCUGUGUUUCUACUGGGAUGUAAGGACAAAGAGAUGUGGUGUAACUGUUGUUGAAAUGUUUGUUGAAUAGCAGCUGUAUUUGCCGAAGACUGCUUUAUCACUGAGCAACGUUUGGUCUCUGUGGUCCUUUGAAUUCACGAAUAAGAGAUACAGUAGAUAAACAUAUAAGAUGGCUCCUGUUAUGUGUUACCUUUGUAAAUAAUGUUUGAAAUAAGGGACUGGGGGGGUGCGGGGGGGCAGUGCUAAUGUAAAGCACCUCAAACUACUGAUAAUGCAAAAGGGAUGAUGGUGAUGAUGAUGGUGAUUACUUGAUAUGAAGAAGAGGGUGAUUGAAAUGGGAUGGAUGACUCAAAAUAAGAUUAUAUGUGU